UAGUGUGUCAACUAGCUGACGAAUAACUUUUUCGAUGUAUCGCCGUGUGUGAGUGUGUUAUUUGUUUUUGUAAAAUGUAAUUAUAAUGACGAAAAUUUUCAUCAAUUGCUAAGUUAAGUAAAUUGAUACGGAGAAAAAUAAAUUUGUAAUAAACAUGAGUGACUCUGGUUCUGACGACGAAAAUACAAUACGUUAUGGGACUCCAUUGGAACCUUACGAAGAAGAUGAAAUUCCAUCGAAACGCAAGUAUCAACAGCAGACUGACCAGUACGCAGUAGAUGCUCAUGGGCGCAGGAGAUUCCAUGGCGCAUUCACCGGAGGCUUCUCAGCGGGGUUCGGGAACAGUGUGGGCACGCCCGAGGGGUGGACGCCGGCGACGUUCAAAAGCUCACGCGGGGACAAAGCACAGGUUUCUAGUCAAAGACCAGAGGACUUUAUGGAUGAAGAGGACCGCAGUGAGUUUGGCAUAGCCCCGCGUCACAUGCAAACACACAGUGAGUUCUCUGGACAGAAGCGGCUGAGACAGCAGAGAUACCAUGAUGGACCUAUCCCUGGGGAGCCAGUACUAGAGCAACUAGUGAGGGCGGUGCACGAGACAGCCGCGGUCCGCAUGCUGCGGGCCAUGGGCUGGCGGCCCGGGCAGGGGACCGGAGAUAGAGUGACUAGAGAGGAGAAAAAGAGAGACAAGCAGAGACAUAAGGUGUACGGUUGUUACAUGCCCAAGGAUGUUAGAGAGAACCAGCAACAGUCUUCAGAAGACAGCGAUUCGGACUACGACAUCGAGGCACUGUUCGCGCCAGACGACUAUGAGCCUUAUAUCCUGAGCCGUAAAGUCGACCGCUUCGGUCUUGGGUACUCCGGACUUAGCAGGCAUUCGGUUCUUGGCAAUUUGAUUGGAGAAUAUAAUGCAGGAAGUUCCAAGAGUCAUUUGGUCAUGAAGGAUAAAGGAAAGAAGGUGUCAAUACGUGGUCAAGCGUUCGGCGUGGGCGCAUUCGAAGCGGAAGACGAAGAUAUAUACGCGACUGAGGACAUGACCCACUACGAUUUUGAGCUCGGAGGACCUUCCAAAGAGAAGAAGAAGAAGCCUAUCAAACAGGGUGUUAAUGUGCUAGAAGGAUUUGUGAAGGCCGUGAAGCCGCCGCCGCCGCCGGCCGCGCACGCGCCCCCCCCCCCGCCGCGCGAGUUCGUCGCCGCCGCUCGCAGGACCAGGUUCCAGCCCUCCGAUGUGCCUCAGAGGGAUCAGGGUCUAGGUCGGCACGAGCUGUCAGCCGAAGCGAGAGGCGCACUCCUAGGCGAAACACCCCUCAAACUCCACCCAACCCCUAUUGUACCCCCCUCAAGUGAAACCCCAAAAACGGACCCAAUAGCACAACUACUCGGCAGAAACGUGAAUUUCGUAUCGAACGCAGAGAAAGAAGGAGAAAGAGAAUUAAAUUUCAUAUCAAUAAAAGAUUCUGGCAAAGAAAUCAAUAAGGUUUUUAGACCUUUUAUGAGUAACCCAAAGAAACAGGCGCGGUACGAGCUGUUUUUGAGGGAUAAGGAGGCGUAUAUGAGAGAGGGAGAUAGCGAUGUGGAUAGAUUACUUGAGUGGGAGAGGGAGAGAGAGAUAGUGGAAUUUGAACAGGCUGCCAAGUUGUAUAAACCUUUGACUGGCAUUAUGAAUGAUAGAUUCACCCACGCAUCUCAGCCCGAUGAUAGCACGAAUCCAUUGAUAGCUGUAGCCAAAAGCAGUAAUAAUUACGGCCUCGCCUCGAAGGAGAUGGUCGAGGCCGCCUCGCGAGGCGUGUACGGCGUCAUGACGAGGCGCGAGGCCGACUGGAGACCGGAUCCGUUGGUCUCCAAGAGGUUUAACGUCCCUGAGAUUGGGGGAAACCGAUCAGAACAGAAAAAAGAAGACAAACCGAAGGUGUCCUACUCCGUAUUUUCCUACCUCGAAUCUUCGGUUCACGACAAAGAUAGCUUCGCUAAAGAACAAACACAAUUCAGCGGAUCAAAAUCUAUAAAUGUUGAACCAAAAACCAUACAAAAAGUUCCGCAAGUUAAAAAUGUAAAUGAAAAUAACGAAAAGGGCAAAGUUGUUGCUUCAACGAGCGUUUCAGAUACAAGUUUUAACAAAAGAAUGACCGUAGCAGAUUUAUUUUUGAAAGAAUCAGAAAAAGAUUUAAAUAACAAGGAAAAAGGCACCGAAGUUACUGAAACCAUUGAGAAAUUCGACAAAAUGGAUCUGUACAAAUCGAUUUUCCUAAGCGACAGCGAAGAUGAGGAAGUUCCCUACAAAAGUGGAGAAAAAAGUGACACGAUCGAUUUCAUAGAGAAACCUAAAAAUGUAGAACGAAACACGUCACCACCAAGAGGCAUUUUCGCUAAUAUUGAUUUCGAUGAAAUAAACUCUUGGAAAAGAAAUACUGAUAAUAAAAAACCUGAUGACGCCAAAGACCCAGUCAGUGUUGCUAGCACAGAAGACUCUGUAAAUAUUGAAAAACCAAGUGCUGAAAGUGAAGAGUAUGGGCCGAAAAUUCCUGAAAACCUUAAGAAAAGACUAGAAGAGAGUUGCGUAUUUACGGAUAAUUUUAGACCAAUGUUUAGGAGUAAAAAUGAGAAACAAACGGACCCAAUAGACGUGGACUCUUCUAGCGCCGACUCUUGGGUGGAAGCUAAGGACGCAAAGUCGAAAAAACAAAAGAAGAAAAAAAGUAAAAAACAUAAGCAUAAAAAAUCUAAACAUAAGAAAAAGGAUAGGUAAUAGAAAUAUGUUAAAAUCAAAA